GUUAAUUUUCUGACACCUCUCCCUUCCCGUUUUUCUCCUCGCCCCCUCCCCGCGGCCGGUUUGCAUGCAUUGUCUGUCUCCCAAGAUGGUUUGUGAGACCAAGAUUGUGGCGGAAGAUCAUGAAUCAAUCCCGGGAUCCAAAAAAGAUACAAUCAUUGUUUCCUCCUCACAGAUGUGGCCCUCUUUGGCGGGCUCACCUCCCUCACCCCCACCUCCCCUYACCCCACCAAAAGAAGACCCCAGGCGCGACAAUGUCUAUAUCCGCGAAUUCCACCCCUCCGAACAGGAGGUGGUGCGCCGCAUCUUUUACGAGGGGAUCAUGGAGCGGAUCCCCAACACGGCGUUCAGGGGGCUGAAGCAGCAGCCCCUCACUCAGCUGCUCUACGGGCUACUGGCGGUAAUGUGCUUUGUUGUGACCAAGUCCUUCCUGCUGACCUGCUGUUUGCCCAUCUUUCUGAUGGGCAUGAGGUACUACUUCAGUAGAAAAGUUAUCCUGCACUAUCUCGAUUGUGCGCUGCACACGGACAUGUCCGAUAUUGAGCAAUAUUACAUGAAACCGCCAGGCUCCUGCUUCUGGGUUGCCGUCCUGGACGGCAACGUGGUGGGGAUCGUGGCGGCGCGGGGCAACGAGGAAGACAACACGGUGGAGCUCCGCCGCAUGUCGGUCGACUCCAACUACCGCGGCAAAGGGAUCGCCAAGGCCCUGGGCCGCAAGGUGCUGGAGUUCGCCAUGCUCAACAACUACUCCUCCGUCGUGCUGGGAACCACGGCCGUGAAGAUGGCAGCCCACAAGCUCUACGAGUCCUUGGGGUUCAAGCACGUGGGUGUCGUYGAACAUUAUGCCCUGCCAGGGAUGACACGCUCUUUACUGGAGAGAAUGUUUUUCCAGGUCCGCUACCACCGCUACCGCCUGCAGCUGCGGGAAGAAUAAAAAAAAAAAAACCCCAACCAACCAAACGAAAAAAAAAUAUUUUUUUCCCCACUCCUCUCCCUUUAAAAAUAAUAAAUUACCCUUCUAUUUCUCAUCACCGUUGAUUUGCCAAUUUUGGGUUAGAGUUUUUGUACCCUCAUGUUCAUGUUUUGGUUUGCUCCGUUCAGCUCGAUGGGCCGGCCGAGCAGCGCCCCUUCCUCGCAUGCUGUAGGUGGUGGUGCUGGGAGUCCUGCGACCCCGCAGGGCGGCCUCUCCUUCCCAGGUACCUCCGUAAAGCACAGAAACUUACUGCAAAAUAGUACAACUGCUCCGGUGUACAUAGCCCUCUCCUUUUCCAAGUGUAAGAUAACAUAGUGAUGCAUUCAUAAUAGUGCAGAAAUAUUACUUGAAUGCGGUUUUCAGUAUUUCACGCACCAGUAAGUAGAAUAUGCAUUCCUCUUACCGUAAUCUACUGGUUAAUAGUUUUCAGAGAAAAGGUGGGGGGCAAGCCCUGCUCCUCCACCCCAACCCGCUUGCUACAAUGCAUGAAGAGGAAAGCGCGUGCACGCACUCAAACACAUCGCACUGCCGCCACGGCACUGGUGUUGCACUUUUUUUGGAUGUGCCUCAUUCUGCCAAAUGUCUGAGAGACCCCGGGUGCAUCCGGUAACCACGACUCCGCUCCACCUCCCCCUCCUUCCUAAGCCAGCACAGACUCGGACCGGCUGAACUGAGCCCCAUUGUACCAUAGUGUGAAGUUAAGAUCAAACCUAAGCAUCUCCCGCGCUGUUCCGUAGCCACGCGUAACCUGCAGUCCUGGGCCAGACUCCGCAUGUGCGUUGGACUUUCUCUUUGCUGCCUUUUGGGGGUUUUUGUUUGUUUUCAUCUUAUUUUUAAGGGUUUAUUUUUUUGUUGUUGUUGUUGUUGUUAUUUUUAGUUUU